AUGGCUCUUGUUCGAGACCCAGCGUUCUGGAGGCGCUUUUCUCGCGCCAUUCACUUGGACGAGGAAGCAAAGGCUUCGGCGGCAGAAAACAAGGGCGACAACAUCUACUCGGAUGACUGGAUUCAGGGUCAGCGCAAGAAACGGCAUCGAACGAUUCUUUGCGGAUUUUUGAUUUUUGCCUCGUUUUCUAUCGUGCUUGCUGCCGUGGUGGUGGUUAUCUGGUGGUUCCACGCCCACAACUGGUUGCGAAAUUCAUAA